AUGGCUCGCCUAUCUCAGUUCCUUCUGGCCUGCGCUCUUGCAGUCAAAGCCUUCGCUGCCCCCGCCGCCGAGCCCGUCGAGGAACGGGGCCCUAACUUCUUUUCUGCCCUUGCUGGGCGCUCGACUGGCAGCUCCACUGGCUACUCGAACGGCUAUUACUAUAGCUUCUGGACCGAUGGCGCAAGCGGCGAUGUUGAAUACAGCAACGGCGCCGGGGGGUCCUACAGCGUGACCUGGUCAUCGGCCUCGAACUUCGUCGGUGGAAAGGGCUGGAACCCUGGAAGUGCUCAUGACAUUACGUACUCCGGCUCCUGGACCAGCACAGGAAAUAGCAACAGCUACCUCUCCGUCUACGGCUGGACCACCGGUCCUCUCGUCGAGUACUACAUCCUGGAGGACUACGGGGAGUACAACCCCGGCUCAGCUGGCACUUACAAAGGCUCGGUCUACUCCGACGGAUCGACAUACAAUAUCUACACGGCGACCCGCACCAACGCCCCCUCCAUCCAGGGCACGGCCACUUUCACGCAGUACUGGUCCAUUCGCCAGACAAAGCGCGUCGGCGGUACCGUGACGACUGCCAACCAUUUCAAUGCCUGGGCGAAGCUGGGAAUGAAUCUGGGCACGCACAACUAUCAGAUCGUCGCUACUGAAGGCUACUACUCGUCUGGGUCUGCGUCCAUUACGGUUGCCUGA